AUGGCGUCCUCCUCCAUCACUUCGAAUUUUUAUACCAGCAAUCUGAGAUCUGUGUUUUGGGGCGAGAGUAGCAGAAUCUGUGUAUCUCACACUCCAGUUUCUCGUUUGAGUUUCCCGAGGAGGAGUAUCGAAUGUAAGGAGUCAAGAAUUGGUAAGCUGCCGAUUCAAGUUCCAGAGAAUGUGACAAUCACAUUGGAAUCCCAGGAACUGAAAGUCAGGGGACCUUUGGGAGAACUCUCUAGGGUUUACCCCUCGGAAGUCAAGCUCGAGAGGCAAGAGGAUGGAACCAUUCGUGUUAAGAAGGCGACGGAGACCAGAAGGGCCAACCAAAUGCAUGGACUUUAUAGGACACUUACCGACAACAUGUUGGUGGGAGUAUCGAAGGGGUUCGAGAAGAGGCUUCAGUUAGUCGGAGUUGGUUAUCGUGGAACAGUUGAAGGAAACGACUUGGUUUUAAGUCUAGGGUUUUCUCAUCCAGUUAGGAUGAAAAUUCCGGAUAACUUGAAGGUGAAGGUGGAAGAGAACACCAGAAUCAUAAUCAGUGGGUAUGACAAGUGUGACAUUGGCCUGUUUGCUGCUUCGAUUAGGCGAUGGAGGCCCCCCGAGCCGUACAAAGGUAAGGGUGUGAGGUAUGCUAAUGAGGUUGUGAGAUUGAAGGAAGGAAAAGCAGGGAAGAAGAAGUAA